AUGGAAAACAAAGUUGAAAAUCAUAUGACAUCAGCUGCAGCCUUUGUUGAAGGAGGCAUCCAAGAAUCUUCCGAUGAUGCUUGCAGUAUAUGUCUCGAAGAGUUCAGCAAUAGCGAUCCUUCAACUAUCACUGUUUGUCGACACGAGUUUCACCUACAAUGCGUUCUUGAAUGGUGUCAAAGAAGCUCUAAGUGUCCUAUGUGUUGGCAACCUAUUAGCUUGAAAGAUCCUACAGGUCAGGAAUUGUUUGAGGGAGUAGAGCAAGAGAGAAAGUGGAGGGAAACUACAUCAAGAAAUGUUAACACCUUUCAUCACCCUUCUAUUGGAAAUUUUGGAUUUGAAAGUCUUCGCAUGGAAGAGAGAAUACUUCAAAAUUUAUCUAUUGUUGCAUCAAUCGAAAGAAGACACCGUCUUGGUCAAAGGGAAGGGAGGGGGAUUCAACCAUUAGAUCACGAUCAAUCACAGUUCUUAUUAUUCUCAAAUCAACAAGCUACACCUUCAUCGAUUUUUGGUUCAAGUGUUGAAAGAGGAGAAAAUCCAAAUGCCAUUUAUAUGAGUAGUCAAUCUACUCCAAUAACAUCUAAUGAAGAUGAACCAUUACAACAGGCACAACAAUUGCAAAAUGAAAUUUUUUCAACUUCUGAAUCUAUUGAUAAGGAAACAAAUGACCUAGAAAUGCACUCAUUUUCAGAUACUUUACGGUCUAGAUUUAAUACAUUAUCGACGAGAUAUAAAGAAUCAAUUUCAAAGGGUACAAAGGAUUGGAAAGAAAGGUUUUUCUCUCGAAGUUGUUCCAUGUCAAAACUCGGUUUAGAAGCGAGAAAAAAGGUGAACCUUGGAAUUGCUAGUGUAUCACAAUCGAUGAACCAUAGAUUUGUAGAUACUUCUUUGUCAAGUCAUUUGAAAGAUAGUUCUAUGGAAAAGGAAAGAAAAAAUGAUUAUGUUGAAGCUAGUGGAGAAAACUCUUCAUGCAAUAACAAUACACAUGUUGCUUCUUCUACUAGUUCACAUUCAAAUUGA